ACAAAACACACUAUGUGACACGACAAAUUAAUAUUCUUUUACGGAUAAGGUGUUUAUAAAAAAUUUAUGUCAUUAUAGUGAAUUUUGUGCAAAAAUAAAUCAUUUGUAGCUUACCGACAAAAUAGAGAUUUUAAAACUUCAAAAUACGUUUUCAAACAUCAAAUAUUUCAGUUUUACCAAUACAUAUUGAUACAUUUGGUCAAAAAUGGUUGUUUGCCGGUUAAAGUAAGCAAACUUUCAUUAAAUCUACGAACAAAUUUAUCAAUUGAAAAUAUCAGAAAAACAUGUCACUGGAAUGAAUUUUUACUCUACUUUAAGAUGUUGAUUUCAGUUAUGAAAAAUAAUUAAAAAUUGACUUAUAUUAUUUACAAAAAAAUAUGUUCAUUUAUUUAACAUAAAUAUAAAUGUGACAAUUAAAAUAGGAAGGAGUACGUACUAUAAAGCAAAUACAUUCGUUCAAACUCAACAUGCUGCAUACUUUUACAAUAAAAUUUAACCUUACUCAUUGUUUUAAGUACAUUUUAUACGGACAACAGCUCACUCCCAGUACAGUACAACAAUUGAGGCUAAAAUGGUAAACAUAAUGUACUCAUUCCUUCUCAAAGAAGCUUGCAUUAGCUAGGUCACAGAGGUACAUCAUACAUCACCUAAAACUUUCUUUCAGUUUUAACACUAACGACCACAUCUGCAUAACACCGGUCGCCGCCUUACAGCAUUGAACAGCCCUCAUAAAUUCUCAGCUCUCAAGCAAACAAAAAUCAGGUCAGUCAAUUCAAGCUUUAAAGUUCUAAGCCUUUUAAUUUGAUGUUACUGUUAACUGCAUAAACUUGAUAGCUAACACCGUGUCAAAAUUAGGUCUUCCAAAUGAAACUUAACAAGUAUGAUUCCAUCAAGGAUUUAACCCCAACGCGCUUCGAUUGGAUAUGUAGACUUCGGUUACAAACAAAAUGGACAUCAGUGGACAAAAAAACCAAAGAGAUUUGGGGUUUAAAUAUGAUGCUCAUCGAUGACUCAAACUACCGCAUUCAUGCUUUCGCAAGUACAAAAUUCUGUAAAGAUUUGAUUAACCAAAUGAAAGAAGGAACAAUUUAUGUUCUAGCUAAUUUCAAAGUUAAAGAUUAUGUGGGAGAUGAGACUUCACGUCCUGUUCGAAACAACAAACAUAUUUAUUUCACAACACACACAAAAUGUGAGAAGGACGUUGGAGUUGGCUUGCGAAUUGAACAACAUGCUUUUGAUUUGUUCUACUUUGGAGAAAUGCUAAAACUGGCUCAAGACAAUCGGUUCUUAAUAGAUGUUGUUGGACAGGUUCGAAAUGUUAGAGGAAACAUAAAAUCAACCAAAACUGACAGUGAGAAGAUCCUCACAAAAUUUGAACUGUUUGACGGAAGGCAAACUCUGGAUGUCACAUUCUUUGAUGCGUUUGGAGUGGAAUUUGAACAAAAAUUGAGAUUGGCUAAGCAACAGGAAGUCGUUGUUGUGAUUUGUGCAGCAAAAAUCUCACUGUAUGAAGGUAUGUGACAGUUAUUGCAGUCUUAAAAAUGUGUUUUCAUAACUACUACAUUUUUCUUAACACAAGAGCACCUAACUUGACAAACUAUCCAGCCACACGCAUACACUACAACCCUUCACAUUAUUGUAUGAAAACACUGGAGAAGAGGCUCCAAGAGCCGGCAAGUGAAAAAGUAUUGUCGCCAGUUCCAGAAGAUAUAAACUACCCGAGUAUGACAGUGACACAGAUAACAACAUUGGCAAAAGACUCAAGCGAGUGAAAGGUUAAGUGUAAAUUGAAGGUCACAAAAGUUGAAGAAGGUGCAUCAUGGUUUUAUGCUGUCUGUACUAAAUGCCCAAACGAAAUCUUGAAAGAACAAGGCAUUUUCAAAUGCACAGACUGUAACAGAAUCAUACCAUAUCCUGACAAAAGGUUUCGGAUUUGCACUUUGUGCAGCGAUAACACGGGGUCCAUUGCGAUAAUAUUUCAUGAUGAUGAAGUUUGUAGGAUCCUUGGGAAGACUGUAUUCGACAUUGAGGCGGAGGCUAUACAGGCCAAGAUGGAGAAAAAAUACCCAGCACUAUUGAAAAGUUUUGAAAACAAGGUUUUCAUCAUCACUCUCCAAAUUAGCUGCAACAACCUAAAAAAAGGUUCCAGGGUCUAUGAUGCUUACGAGAUUGGUGACAAAAUUGAAAGCAGAGCAAAUUUUGACCCAGAGGAACAAAUGCCUUCGGACUUACCUUCAGCAAGUACAGUUAACUUGAAAGAGGAUGGUGGAAAUACACCAAAUACUGGAGUGUCUUCAACAAAAACAAGGGGAAGGGUCAAUCUUGAACCUGUGGCAUUUGAUGCAGUGGGAGAAAUGCCGCCAAAACAGCAGCGUAGAGAGUAGUCAGGACAGACUUCAGAAACCAUACUUUUGCAAGUGGAAACAGGAUUCAUUAAUGCUUCAUUUUAAAUAUCCAGACUAUCCACCUUAUUUCAGUCCUGUUACUGGAACUAUUUAUUCUUAUUCGGUUUGAACUCUCCUGUAAUGUAUUGAAACUUAUGUACCAGGAUACUGUAUCGGUCUGCAAGUCUGUAUUAACUUUGUUCUACCAACCUUAUUUCGUAAAGACUUGAAUGCCUACCUAAAA